AUGAAUCCAUUUCACGACAAGGCAGGCAACGAACGGAGGGCUUCCCUCAGGAUGUCAGCGAGGGCCUCUUUGACGGUAGACGAUGAUGACUACGAUUUAGCAGCCAUGGGCAUCUCGGAUGGUUUCCGCCCAGCGAACAUCUCCGCUUCCCAUCAACCCAUCAACUCGACCACAAACCUUUCGACUGGCUCGGCGUUUGUGUCACGAGAUUCUCCCGUGCCCCAGCGCGUCACACCUCCUCGGCCGUCCAGCAUCUCGAAGCCCCCUCGCUCCCACGACCCGCUAGCACUCCGUCAUGAUGGUUCAACGUCUCAAUCCAACGGCGUUCCAAUCUCCCGCGUGUCCAGCACCUCGACCGAUUCGCCAAUAAUCAGAUCCGAGAGUCCCUACGAGGGACCGUCUGGCCCGUCCCACCCGUACCAAAUGUACCCGCAACGCACCAACAGUGUCGCAACGUCAAACACCGCUCGCAUGUCAGAAAGAUCAUAUGCGGGCCCUCGCGGACCGACUCAUCCAUACACUCUCUACACACAAAACACUGUGACCGCUGACACAAACAAUGGCGAAAAUAUACCCGUGGGAUUUGCUGGCCGCUCAGAUGGCUAUCAUCGUCGGAUUGGACCAGAUGGGGAGGAAAUUGCCGACCUUAUUGGACCACUGGGCCAUACCGAAGAGCUACCACCCUAUACUAGAUAUCCCGAGCAGGCCUAUACAAGGAAACAACCCGGUGAACAACAACAAUCAUCGACACCACCGCUGCAGACUCAACAGCAGCAACAACGGGAACCAGAGCAGCAACAAUCUCCGGUCCAACAACCUGUCGUCACGGUCAUGACUGCCACGGUUUCCCCCAUCCCUGGCGCUGGCGGCAUUGGUCUCGCGACGCGCAAUCCCGAGUUCGAGUCACGAGAGGAUUUACGUCUAGUAUCACCAUCACGAACGUCUUCUCGGACAUUGAAUGACGAGACUGCCAGCCAACAUGAGAUCAACACUGCCGCCGAGUCUUAUGCCGAGAAGGGCGAAAACGCCUCUGAUCGCAAAUGGCAAAAGAGGGCGAAGAAGAAAAUGUUUGGUGUCAUUCCUUAUUGGGCUAUCUGCUUGUUGGCACUUGGGCUGGUGUUGAUGGGAAUCAUUCUUGGUGCCGUUAUCGGAACAUUCUUCGCCAAUCACAAGAGGCCACCCGGCAAGCAUCAGGAUGACGAGCCUAUACCUGUGAUCAUCCCGACCGCCACGGUCGACGUGAAACCCCUCGCCACUCUCCCGCCGGACCUUCCACCGAUGGAAAUCGGUACAUUUGGUUUGCCGCCUCUCAUUGCAAGCCAGGCGCCUAGUACUUGUUUCAACGAUACCACACAAGCACAAGCCUGGACCUGCAACAUUCCUUUUACCAGCUAUGUGAUGGGCGUUUCCAGAAUUGCCAACGAACUACCUAUAUCCGAUUAUACCUUAAAACUUACUACAUUCAAUGACAGCGAUCACGACGAAAACUCCCGGAUCAACAUGUUCUCAUGGGGUACUCAACCACCACUGAUUAUAGACCCCCUGAAGAUGCGGCUUGUCAAUGACACUUCUGAACAAGGACGUGGUGCUGCAUGGUUCGCUCAGAUGACCUACAAUAAGACCGUGGUCGUGCCCGAAGAUAGGUUCCCUGGCGUCACUACCACCCCCAAGAAACAGCAGCCGCAAUCUAAAAGGGGCGGGUCAUGGGAUGGACCACCGCCUGGUAUGUCGGAGUUCAGUAGGAAAGGGGUCAAAGGAGCCCAGGCCGGCGACCGGCCUUGGAUUUGCACCUGGCCUGGAACCCUUCUCGAAGUCUUCGUCUACCCUGCCCAGAACAACAGCUAUCAGAGGAAACCCGCGUCCACAACAUCCCGGCCUCCGGCAGAGGCAACGUUCCCUCCUUCGACACCGACGCAGUUCCUAGUCCGUGAACUGCAAACCCAGGCUCCCCAAUCAAGUUCAAUUCCGCCUGAUAGACCACGCCGUGCUCCGCCACCCCCGUACCCUCAGGUCAUCAAAUUCGAAGAGCGACGUGUUUCCCUCGACCAAACGAAAAAUGCAUUUUGCCGACAGGUUGAAGUGUGCGAAGACGGCCAGAACACUGUGCCCGUCUUGAACGAUGAGGGCCAGCCGAUCGAGGUCAUGAUCAUGGAAAAUCGGCAAACGGUGGCAAUAGCAGACUCGAGCAAACGCUGGAUACAUGAAGACAGCCUCUUGGUAUCUCCUAGGGACCGACCAUCAAGGACGAGUCAACUGAGCGACUGUGGGUGCAUUUGGUGGUUCACUUAA